AUGGCCCCCAAUAUUGCCGGUCCGCAGAUCUUUGACGACGCCCACCGCGCCCCCGCGAGAUCCUCGGUCUUUCGAGCCAUCAUGUCGAAGCCGCAUAAGCGAAACCAGUCUGCGGAUGAUGCAAUGCCACCGCAAUUCAAAAACAACAAGCCGACAGGCACCGUUCCCUUUCCAUGGGUAGACAAGCAUGCACCGGAACCUGGCCAUCUUCCUCUGGGAGAGAUAGUCCCGAAUCGUGAUGCUCGAGACACGUACGUGCCAGUAUCGAAGCCAGCAAAUAAAGAGAACAAAGCACCUUUGCAUAAGAAAACAAAGAGUACAGUAUCUCUAAAGUCACUCCGGAGCUACAUGGAACGGAAGGACACCAAAUCGGAAGAAACCCAAAUCGACGAUGUCGACGAGCUGAAGCCCAAGAAGACCAAGUCGACGAACAGUUUGUCGGCCAUCCUCAAGCGAUCCCAGCGUGGACGCAAAGCCGACGGAACGAAGCAGAGCCGUGAUAAAGAGAACCGCAGCCCCGUUGAUCUGGUUGAUAACAUGCCAUCCCCGGUUUGGCCACAAGAAGGCUCCGUCUUCCAAGCUCCCAGCAGUCGGUCGCGACAGAACUCAACCGCGGAUAGACGGCGAAGUGUUGCAGAGGAAGUGUCUCUCUAUACACCAAAGGCUUACAGCCCAGCUCAGCAACGAAACUUUUGUGAUUACCAGCAACCAUCCCUCACCAGACAGGGCGAGAGCAAGCCUCGUCCCAAGUCGGACUGCCUUGCUGGCAACAGAAAGAUGAAGGACAUUCUGGGACUGCAGCAUGCACCGUCCGGAAGCAGUAAUGCCAGUGAUCGAGUAGAUAGUGCGUCAUCCAAGGGACAGGCUCUUGAGAGAGCGAGAAUGAUAUCUGUCCCAGAGUCGCCGGUUCCUGCAUCAAAGGAGCAGCCGAGUGCGAAAAGACUUUCUCGCGUACAGGCCGCGAUCUCGGUGUUCAACGGAAAGGAGCGGGACGCCGAUGUGCGCAAACGUUUGAGCUCCAAGGAUCUCGAAAGUGAAUUUGAGAAGCUUUUGGAUGCCCGGAACAUUCCUCAUAAUAUGCGGGACAAGAUGCGCUCCCUUGAUACCAACAUCAAGGCCGACUUUAUUCAGAAGGAUCGCACCGAUCUUGGCACACCAGUCAGCUCUGGUACCUCUGACAGUCGCCGUGGUCGUGGAAAGGAGUCGAAGGAUUCUCAGGAUCGUAAGGGCUCUCGCUCUCGCUCCAGGAGCCGCGGGUUUGCAUUUGGCCGGGGCUCGUCAUCUCCUGGCAAGAAACCCCGGCCAGAGAGUGGAACUUUCCAUCGUCCCAGAUCUGUGGACCUGUCCCAGCCAGUAGGCGUUUAUACAACCCUCAGCGCCGCUGGUUCUACUGCAUCGCUUUCUGAAGCGGCGGCUGUGGACACCGCUGCUGAUCCAUCUGACUUUGUGCACUAUCUCAGAGAGAUCCAGAAGCCGGAGAUGGUUGAAGUGGGCAAGUUGCACAAACUGCGACUUCUUCUGCGGAAUGAGACAAUUAGCUGGGUGAAUGGGUUCAUUUCCGAAGGAGGCAUGGUUGAAAUUGUUCAGCUCAUCUACCGUAUUAUGAAGAUGGAGUGGCGGGAGGAUCACGAGGACACACUCCUGCACGAGGCGUUGCUGUGCUUGAAGGCUCUUUGUACCACAUCCAUCGCGCUGGCGCAUCUGACUAAAAUCGAAGGUGAAUUAUUCCCUGCGUUGCUGAAGAUGCUAUUCGACGAGGAAAAGAAGGGCCCCAGCGAAUUCACUACGCGAGGAAUCAUCAUCAACCUCUUGUUUACCCAGAUCUCUACCACUUCUCCCAACGAAUUGCCUUCCACUCGCGCUCAACGGAUCCUCUCAUACCUGCGGGAUCCUUCUGCGGAAGAUGAGAGCCAGCCUGUCUCUUUCAUUGCCAACAUAUACCAGUCACGACCUUAUCGGGUGUGGUGCAAGGAGGCUACCAAUGUGACCAAAGAAGUCUUCUGGAUCUUCCUUCACCAUCUCAAUGUGAUUCCUCUCCCCAAAGCAGACCCUCAGUCGGACGACCCAUUCACCGGAAAACGCACGGUGGAUACUCGUUCUUACCGCGAGCGACACUUCCCUCCCCCUCGGCCCCCUGUCCCUGCUGCUCCUUACGUUGGCGGCGUCGAGUGGGAUGCUACCAACUACCUUGCUGCACACUUGGAUCUUCUGAAUGGUCUGAUUGCCUGUUUGCCCACAGCGGAUGAUCGCAACAAGUUUCGGUCUGAAUUGCGAGCCUCCGGCUUUGAAAAGGUCAUGGGUGGUACUAUGCGCACUUGCAAGGAGAAAUUUUACUCGGCGGUUCAUGAGUGUCUCCGCACCUGGGUGGCUGCUGCGGUUGAGGAUGGUUGGCCCUAUCUGAUGGUGCGCGAGGGACCGCCUCGCACUGAACCUGGAUCACCCACCAAGUCCCCCAAGAAGGUUGCACCCAGUAGCCCUAAGAAGGGUCUACUUGAUGACAAGCCACCUCAGCUGAACCUGGCCCUCGACUUUUCGGACAGUCGGGUCGCCACUCCCUUGGGUCCAACGACCCCAUCCAGCGACUUCCCUCGCUGGCUUUAA